GUUGUUGUUGUGAGGCCACGCCCAUUUCAGCAUUCGCUCCAAAAAAAAAUAUAUCGGCUCAUUUAAAAUGUAACGACUAUAUUUGUUAAAAAAAUUAAAGCAAUCAGGUAUUAAUUUAGUAAUAUUACACGAACGCCAAUGUGCGUUUACAUACAUUUAGAUAAGACGCCUUUUUGUCGGUCCUGUAGCGCUCUCUAGUGCUUAAUAGUUUUAAAGAACUUGAAUUUUUUCUGAUACAUUUAGAUAUCGAGUCAAAUUAAGUAAAAUAUUAAUUAAAAUGUUGAUGUCAUGUUCGAGUUCAUGUUUAGUUCAUUGACGUUGCUGGUUUUUUUUUUUGUAUAUUUAUCGUUUUUCAUAUUCAAUAUAUUUUCCUCCGUGCAAUUUUUUUUUAAAUUCAUCCCAGCCACCAUACUUUUCAUCCCUAAUUUGUUCUCAGUUUUGUAAUAGUUUUACUCCAGUUUUAUUCGUGGAUAUUGUUGUUUAUUUUAAACUGACCUAUAGCCGAGAAGCGACAGUCAACACUGGUUGGGCGCUCGUUGAUGACGCACACACGCAUCGCUGUCGUGAUUGGUGCAAUUCAAACAAGGCUGCACGCUGAUUGGUCAGGCCGCCCGGACAGCGAUGGUCGGUUCAGCGAGCAACAUAUUUGUGUUCCUGUGACAAGGAACAGCGAAGAAAAAAAACUGAAGAAGUUUCCGUAAAAUAUAUUUAUAAGUAUUUGUAUUUUAUAUAAGUAUUUUUUUUUAUUUUAACUGCCCACGUCGUCGUGUAUUUUAACCCCCCGCUGCCUGAGAAGAAGUCAUUCUGAAGAUGAACUCCAAUGUGGAGAAUCUACCCCCUCACGUACUACGCUUGGUCUACAAAGAGGUUUCAGCUUUAGUGGCAGACCCACCGGAGGGCAUCAAGAUCUACCCCAGCGAUGAGGACAUAACAGAACUGCACACAGCCAUCGAAGGGCCAGAGGGAACUCCGUUUGCCGGCGGCGUUUUCCGAAUGCGCCUGGUCCUGGGCAAGGACUUCCCCGCCGUGCCGCCCAAGGGCUACUUCCUCACCAAGAUUUUCCACCCCAACGUGGGCCACAAAGGAGAAAUCUGCGUCAACGUCCUGAAGAGGGACUGGAAGGCGGAGCUUGGCCUCAGACACGUCUUACUGACUAUCAAGUGUCUUCUCAUCCAUCCCAACCCGGAGUCGGCCCUCAACGAGGAGGCGGGGCGCCUGCUCCUGGAGGACUAUGCGGAGUACGAGGCCCGCGCCCGCCUGCUCACGGAGAUACACGCCAUGGCGGGGCCCGGCGACUCCCCGGGGGCCGCCCAGGACCCCCACGACGGCCCCCAGCCCAAGAAGCACGCGGGCGACCUCGCCAAGAGGGCGGGAGGUGGCGCGCCCGCGGUGCCCGCCGCCCUCGGGAACGGUGCCAGCGGGCCCAGCGUGAGCGUCGGCAGCACCAGCACGUCCAGCAGCAGCGUAGCCGUGAAGAAGAAAGCGGAUAAAAAGCGAGCGUUGAGGCGACUUUAAUGCUGCUGUGACCGUUGGUGUGUGUGUGUGUGUGUGUGUGUGUGUGUGUGUGUGUGUGUGUGUGUGUGUGUGUGUGUGUGUGUGUGUGUGUGUGUGUGUGUGUGUGUGUGUGUGUGUGUGUGUGCGCGUGUGCGUGCGCGUGUGCGUGUGCGGGCGCCCGUGUAAAUACCAAUAUCAAAGUUGCUCCUUUUUGGUUUUCCCUCUUUUAAAGGAACCACGCAGACUGUCCACUUUGUACCGUAGCUUUUUGACUUCCUCAUGCUAAAAGUCAUAAUAAAAUGAUGAGAGCCGUCACUUUAA